GAUGCAUCAGAAUGCACGUAAUAUUGACCACAGAAAUGUGCCGCUCUCUCCAGCGGCUUCAAUCCACACUGGUGAUUAGUGAGUCUGUUUCGACGGCUGACUUCGUACUUUUCCGUGUCACUCAGAGCCCGGCACCCGGCGCUGCGAUUUGUGCCUAGCAUGCGUGAUUACACACGAUUCCGAUUUCCAGGCCGUUAAUCUCCCGUUCGCCUGGCCACUGAAACAAAAUUUCCAUUUGUGAAUCUACGGAUGAUGCAGAGCCCAUGUGCGUCUAUGGUUGUUGUGCGAAGUUUGCGGGAGCGGUAACUGCACCUCACUACAACAGCUCUUUGUGGCUUGUUUUCUUCCCCCGAUUAUCCUCACCAGCUUCUAUAGCAGCGACAGGGGUGUUCUCUUGCCUAGUCUGCUUUCAUGUAUGCUGGACGAGUGCACAGAUGUCCGUUCUGUCCACCCCUUGCUGGCCUCUACUUUUAAUGUGUUGACGGCGCUCGCUCUUCGGCUAGCAACUCGUUUCGGAGUUCCUCCGGCAGCGUCGAAAUCGUUUUUCUGAAUUGUUCACUUGAGUCGCACAUUAAACGAGCCGAGGCGAUAGCUGCAGUGAAGAAUCUGCGGGAGUGCCGAGCAGGGUAGUGACGUGUGGAGUGCAGUGGGGAGCUCCGUCGUCGAAGCGCUCUUUGCGCCAAGAGCGUUCAAUACCACAGACUUUCGUAGGGUCUUGUUCUCGAGAUGUCGGGGUUGUUCGGCCGGGGAGGUUUCAGCGACCACGGCUUGCCUGGUUCGCGCAAAUUCGAAGACGGCGUCGAGCAUCGUCAACGGGCCGAAAAGGCACUCAAGACCUCCGUAUUUUUGUUCAAAUUCUCUCCAGACUACGAUAUCGCGGCACUCGAGUACAAGGCCGCUGCCGAGUGUUUCCAAGAAGAUGGUAGCGAGCAAGCUUUUCCUCAGGCGCUACACUGCUGGCAAAAGGUCGCUGACAUUCGCGAUAAGCAACAAGAUGCGUUCGGUGCCGCGCGCGCCCUAGAGCAGAUGGCCUGUCUGCAUUCAUCGAGUCAACCGGGGCACCCAAAAGCGGAUUUCUCCGAGUUCUUUCGCCUGCAGAGUGAGGCGGCUCAUCGGUACCGCCUAGCCGGCAAGAGUGACGCAGCUGUGCGUGUCCUGCGGAAGGCUGCCAAAGUCAAAGAGGAAAAGCUGAGUGACUGUCGUGGCGCCGCGGAUAUUCUUAGCGAAUGUGUGUCUAUCCACGAGGAAGAUGAAAAAUGGCACUACGCAUCAGAGAUUUACCGGGACCUCAUUAGCGUCCUUGCACGAGAACGCAUGCAUGAGGAACUUCUCAAGGCGCUUGAUCGGCACAUAAAAGUCCUCCAGAGGCUCGGCCAGCAAAACGGAAUCCACAACGCCACCAUGAGCAAAGUCAUCGUCUGCCUCGCCAUGGAUGAUGCGGUCGAAGCCGACAACGCCCUCUCCGACGACGUGGCAUUCGCGAGCAACUUUUUGGGGACUCGAGAGUUUCAGCUGGCUGGCGAGACACUGGAUGCUUAUAAAGCUGGCGACCCCGAAGCGUUGCAGGCUGCGCUCGAAAACCAAAUGUGGAAUUUCCUUCCGACUGAAAUCGUUAAAAUGGCCCGCGAUCUGAAAUCUGUUUGCCGUGGAGCCCAGUUCCAAGGCAGAGCCUCUUCGAGUUGUGGGAGCGUUUCGGGUCCGGUUUCUCAAGUGCGUGCGUCGUCCAGUGUGGUUCCUGUCUCCUCUAGACUGGACCUGACACGCGACGUGCGUCCCGUCUUGGGAUGCUUCUCGUCCUCGGGGGUAAAAUUGUCCGACUGUCCAAACGUAGAAGGUGGGCGUCAGAGCGUCUUGAAGCCACCAGCAGUCCAGACAAGCACCGAUAGUACCUCUCAGGUGCGGCCGAAUGCGGAGGCCGCAGACGUUUCUAUAAAUGAGCUUCUUUGCUGAAAAAGGAAACUUCAAGAACACACGUUACUCGAAGAAGAGUUUUGAUGGCGGAAACUACGAUUCCUGAAUGUCGUGCUGUUCAAACCACGGCCUAGCUCGUCAAGUUUGCGAUGAGAGUGCCAAACGCGUCGACGGGAGAUGAAAAAACCGUUUCUCUCUGUCUCCCCCAUGCUCCGAGACGAAAUUAGGUAGCUGAAUAUAAUUUGGGAGGUUAAAACUGCGUUGUUUUGCCAUUCAAGUUCAUUUUGUUUUAAGUAGAAUCGCCUUGUCUUCUUAAGUGUUCCGAAAUGAUGCACUGCCAAGGGAUCGCACGAAAGGCGUAUGCACGAACACAAAGAGAAUGAUCGAUCUGGACCUAUAAAUACAGGAGUAGAAUGUUUGCGCAUACGAGGAGCACACUAAAAACAAUUUCAAAUGGAGAGACGAAGAGAAGGAAAAAAAAGUUUUCGAACGGGGAGCAAGCCCGUAGUGGAGUGUUGUCGCGUUGAGACAGGAGCACGUAAAUACGUAGUUGUUCGUGCGGUGUACGUUGCUUACGAAAAGUCCUUUUUCUCUUAUACGAACCGUAAUGUCUUUCCUAUCCACUCAAUAAAACGCGUUAGACGAGAAACGAAUUUGAGGAAUGGGUCCUCAUCACCGCAAGAGAAGUUGAAACUCAGAGUCAGUAGUUAAUCAGCGUAUGCGAUGUGUUUCCAGGUUCUUCGUGCAGCAUCACGUGUAUUGACCGUAUACAGACGCUUUAGUGAGGUUGGAAUGGUGUUUCUCUUUAAGGAACUUGAAAUAACUGGGAAAUA